GUUCAAUCGGCGUCGAGAAGGAUCGUCGGAGAACACCAUUAUUGGGCUUCAAGUUGAUGGACCAGUUCCAGGUUGUGCGAGAGUUGGCGCCGGCGCUCUUUGGAUGCAUCUUGCUCUGUGUGAACAAGUCCAAUGGGCAGCAUGUCGCGGUCAAACGGAUGCAACUUGCCGCCGCCGCCAAGCAUCAGUCCAACGAAGGCCCGACGGUGCAAGAGGACGUUCAUGUCGAAAAACGAGUGUACAGGCACGUCGACAAAGUGGGCGGUCACCGCAACAUCCUUCGGUUGCUCACGUCGUUCGAAGAGGACGGCCACGAACACUUUGUGCUCGAGUAUUGCGUUCGCGGCGACCUGUUUACGAUGGUGCAAGAGGCUCCCCAUCAACACCUUCCCGCGUCGCAAGUGCUGCAUUACGCGCAUCAGAUCUGCCACGGUCUCUCGUUCCUCCAUUCUCAUGGCAUUGCACACGGCGACAUCUCCCUCGAAAACGUCCUCGUGGACGCGCACGGCGUGGCCAAGUUAAUGGAUUUCGGCCUCGCCGUCGAAUCCUUCCAUGGGAUGCAAUCGUCGUCGGCAGUGGGCAAGUUCUUCUACAUGCCGCCUGAAAUGUACAUGGGGGCGCCGUACGAUGCUUCCAAGGCCGACAUGUGGUCGCUUGGCAUUUUGCUCGUCAUCUUGCACACGGGGAUGCCGCCGUUUGCCCGCGCCCACAGUUCUGGUCCAUUCCUUCGCUCCGUCAUCUCCGUCCUCAUGCAUGAUGACAGAAGUUGCUCCGUAGAUCACGUGUUUGCGUCAUUCCAACGGCAUGGCAUCCGCGCGCUGUUGCGUGGAUGGAAUGUAUUGCCGCGCUUCUCCAUGGACGCGGUGGACCUAGUGGAGAAGCUAUUGGUCAUGAUCCCAGCGACUCGGUUGUCUGUAGCACAGGUGCUUCGGCAUCCGUACCUGACGCCGCCCCAACACCAUCCUGUGCCCAAGCAUGCGAUGAUGGGCACUCCCGAGCAUGCCGGUAGUAGCUGUCACUCCAAGAUGGAACACAAGACUCGUAGUAGUGGAGGGGUCCAUAGAUUCUUUCAGAGGGUGUUCCGCAAGGCUGUAGGAUCAACCAACCAGUCGACCCUCUGCGGCACCCUCCACGACGACUCGUCUGAACGCACGUUAUGCAAUGAUACACCUACAUCGAAUAACCAAAUGUGCACUUGACCUUCUA